GGGCCUUCAGGCUUCAGGUACGCUCUCAGCUCCAUGUCUGUACGUAUUACCAUGUACGUAUUGGCCAAACAUGGACGGACGACUACUACCGCCGAUCGGUAUUCAUCAGUGACAGCCUGCCAGCUUCGCCGCUAGGGGGCGUGGCAGGGGCGCUAGUGGUGCUGAGUUUGCUCGUCCCCUGAGGGCCCUGACGCUAAUGUACCACCCGUCUGGGCCGUCUCGGGGCUUGGGACUGGACUGUUCUGGAUUCGACAGUGCUGGCCGAGAUUAAUAAUUAAUAGAGAGCAUGAACUAAGAACGCCACCAGAGUAUCCCCGAGUGAUCGUCGUCGACAUGGAGUCUGCGGCGUUGUGGGUGUACGGUACAUAACCCUACCUGGCCCCAUGCGGACCGGCUACGACGAGGUUUCGGGGUCCAGUCCUCUCACGCCAGACACUUGUUGAUAACUUGAUUGCGCUUGCGUCGCAGACACCCAGUCCAGACCUGACAAUGGCAAUCCGCAGCCGUGCCGACCAAAUCGCCGGCGUGGCGUACACGUUCCUCGUCAUGUCGACGAUUGCGACGUUGCUGCGAAUCUACUGCCGAGCUUGGGUGAUCAAGGCCUUUUCACUCGACGACUGGCUCGCCGUGGGCGCUCAGAUCCUGUUUAUUGUCUUCACGUCGUAUGAGCUUACGGGCGUCAGCUACGGCACAGGCCGCCAUGUCGCAGAUAUUGACCCAGAGCACCUUCCCAAGGCGAUGCAGAUGUGGUGGACGUGCGAGCCCCUCUACGUCUUGACCAACAUGUUCAUCAAGGCGAGCAUUGCCCUCUUCCUGCUCCGCAUCUGCGUGGAUAGGGUGCACAAGAUCAUCAUCUGGACCGUGACGGGCAUCACCGAGAUCUAUAGCUUGUUCUUCUUCCUCCUCUUCAUCCUGCAGUGCCGGCCCACCUCGCUCUUCUGGCUCCGCGUCACGGAGAACCCGCCUUCGGGCAGCUGCCUCGAUGCCAAGGUCGUCUCCGACGCCUUUUAUGGCUACUCGGCCAUUAGCUGCCUGACCGACUGGACCUACAGCAUCCUGCCCAUGUUUGUCGUCUGGAACCUCCAGAUGGACAGGAAGGUCAAGCUGUCCGUCGUGCUCAUUCUGGCCGCCGGCACCAUCGCCUCGGCGGCCACAAUUGUACGUUUCCCGUACCUCUACUCGUUGACGGAUAUCAACGACUUCCUCUACUCGACGUCCGACGUGGCCAUCUGGUCCACGGUCGAGACGGGCCUGGGCAUCACCGCCGCCGGCUUCGCCACACUCCGACCGCUGCUCCGACGCUUCUUUGGCGGCUCCUCCGCGCACGACACCCCCGGAGACCCCUCGGCCGGCCCGUGGCACCGCACGGGGAGCGGACAUCCCAGUGACGCCUACGGCCGCGGCCUCAGCAGCAGGAAGGGCCAGGAGGGCUACGAGCUGCGGGACAACAACCCCAGCGGCAAGGACUACGGGGUCACCACCGUCAUCCGGCACGGCGAGCAGUUUGCCGACGUCGACACGGAGAGCCAGAAGAAUACCGGCUUGGACGAUCUGGACUCGGAUCCCCACGAGUGGAGUGGCAGUGACCAGGAUCUCACCAACAUGGAGCAGAAAAGGCGGGCUGGGCAGGCGUGGAACAUUACCGUGGAAAAGUCCGUCGUCCAGACGCGGAACUAAUAAACUAGCACUCGCGUAAUCAACCAAUGGUCCAAAAGCCUCGACUCUUGGAUAUAAAUAUUAUAUAAUUACCACUUGA